GCCGGCUACAAACAUCUCGCAGGCAUGAUAUAAUCCUGCGCAUGUCAACGUCCCUCGCAAUAUGUGGCGGUGGUCGACGAGAUGGUUGUUGACCUCGGUCCUUCUCUUCCUCAAUGUUAUCGCAUACACACCCUUGUCCAAUGACACCAUCCUAAACCGACUCCCUCGACCGGACACUGCUGAUUUCGAUAUACGGACGGGCAAUUUAUUAGCACCGAUAUUGAUCCCCCGGGUUCCAGGCACACCGGGGUCGGCACAAGUCCUCCAGCAUUUCGUCGACUUCUUCCGGACUUCCCUCCCUGACUGGACAGUGACUUUGCAGAACUCGUCCUCGAAAACGCCGACUCAUGGCGACAAGGAAGUUCCUUUUGUGAAUUUGAUCGCAACAAGGGAUCCUCCAUGGGCGCAAACGGGGAAUGUCGGUCGCUUGACGCUGGUGGCUCACUAUGAUUCAAAAUACAAACCAGAUGGCUUUAUCGGAGCCACAGAUUCUGCUGCGCCGUGUGCCAUGCUCAUGCAUGCGGUCAGAGCCAUCGACGCAGCCCUGACGAAGAAGUGGGACUCUGUACAGGCUCAAGAUGAACUCGAUCUAGACUUUGAGGAAGAUAAGGGCAUUCAGGUCCUGCUUCUUGACGGCGAAGAGGCAUUUCAUAGUUGGACCGCUACCGACAGCAUAUACGGUGCUCGAUCUCUCGCCGAAGAGUGGGAGCAUACGAUGCACCCAGCCACGAGUAUCUACAAAAACUACCUCGACUCGAUUGAGCUAUUUGUAUUAUUGGACCUGCUCGGUUCACCAGAGGAUCUGCCGAUUCCGUCGUGGCAGCAUUCCUCACACUGGUCAUACGUCAAGAUGGCAGAAGCCGAAGAGAGGUUGCGGGAUUUGGGCUUGUUCAAAAGCGCGUCGAAACGCAAAUGGUUGACGGAGAAGGAUAAAAAGGAGACCGGUGUGUUCAACAGUUAUAUCAUGCAAGACGACCAUAUACCAUUUAUUGCCCGAGGGGUUCAAGUCCUGCACCUCAUCCCUGCACGCUUUCCGUCCGUGUGGCAUACCAUGAGAGAUGAUGCUGAACAUCUGGAUAUCAACGUGGUCGAAGAUUGGGCACUCCUCACGACUGCAUUUGCCGCUGAAUAUAUGGAACUGGACGGCUUUUUUGAAGCCUUGCCGGCCAGGAAAAUCAAGAGGAAUGAGAAUGUCAUGAGCAAGACUGAAUUAUGACAUUGAUGAUACUCGUACGUCUCACAGACGUGAAACGAGUAGAUCUUGUUGUGCCGGUGGUUUGAACAUUCUUCCUCUCACCAUGCCACUGAAUGUGCAGUGAAUUCCAGGAACAAUCCUCUCCACACGAAGGAAUAUCCUUGGAGUUUCCAAAUCCUAUCCAACAGAAGCUGCUCCCCUCCAUAAUAUGUACACAUCUCUGGAGUCUGGAUUCGAGUAUCCAACGUAUCUGCGUCAGACAAGUGAAGGAGCCUCCUUCAUGGCUACGGCGUCAUUCAGAGCAGAAGAAACAUGUCUUGUCUGUCUGCAGGUAUAAACCACGCUGCUGUCAUGAGCGCAUUGUGGCAGCAAAAGUGUGUCCACUGAACGGCCUCAUUUAUUAAGAUCUGGGUUUGAUGGGCUUCUCCCCGGCUGUGCAGGGUGCCGUGCAUGGUCCAGGGACCAAAGUACCCUGAUGAAAAUGCCACAAGCGCCACCUUUGAGUGAAAGCCAUCGAGAAUGUCGGGUGCGGAUAUCGUGAGAGACCGAUUGUCAAGUGAGGCAGUAUAUGGCUGUAAAGAACAGCCAAACUCUGGCCUGUUGAACGUAGAAAUCUGUAUCAUGACUUCAUUACAGAAAUUGUGUAGCCUUUUCAGUAUCUUGCCAUCUUUUGAGCAUCUUUUCCGCUGUGGCUCUCAAG